CCCCCUUCCCUGCUGAUUCUCUUGUUGAACUCACCCUACUCACGCUCAUUCUACCCUACGAAAAAGGCAAGACAGACACACGCUCCUUUUAAGACGAAGAAGAAGAAGAAGAGGAAAAGACACAUUCGUUUCACGUCAAGCGGCUUCGAUGAGCAGCGCACCUUCGUCGCUCUCGGUCGCCCUGGCCGCGGUGGGCAUCGGCGCCCUCGUUGUAUGCGUCGCCGCCGCCGCGUCCUACUUUGUCUACACGGCCAGACGGCGGAGACAGAGGGAGCAGCUCCGUCCGCGAGACCGGCGGCCGAUCCAAUCGCUCGUCGAGGAGGCCAAGAUCGUCGGCGAGGCGCAGAGACAGAGACAAGGGCAGGGCCAAGGGUUGAGGCAGGACGUCGACAUCGAGGCAGAGAUUGAGCCCAUCGAGUCGCGAUACCACGGCAAGACGGCAGUCGCGCAUCGUAACCACCCCUCAACGUCAUCGUCGUCAAACGCUUCAUCGGGUGCACUGCCAGGCUCGAGCUCGGGCGGCACGGUGCGGUCCUCGUCGUCCUUCUCGGCACCCUCGUUGGCCGCGCCCCACCUCGUCGGCGUACAAGAGAUUGCCGCACCGCCACCGUCAGCACCUCCUGUCCCCUCGGUGCCGCACGCAUAUCGGAGGGAGAGGCAGCAGAAACGGCGCAGUGGACGCGCAUCCACGCGUCGCUCAGCCGUGCCCUCUGCGCUGCUCCACAACCUGGGCGAGCUGCCCCAGCUGCCGGUAGCCAGCGCGGGUGCCGCCCAGCCAGGCAAGACCAAGCGGACGUCGGUGCGCAAGCCUGCGCCGACCUGGCAGCCCAAUUCGCCGCACCAGUCCACCAGCCAGACGGACAGCACCACGCCGCGCACCGACGACCUAGCCUCGUAUACGCCCGUACUCGAUCUCGCCCUGGACCUCGACCGGAGCUCAUCGCUGUCGCACGACCACAUCGAGGACGACGUCGACUUUGCCAUUGGCAGAUCCAUGUGGCUUGCGUCCACCUUCCAGCAGCAACAACAGCAGCAGCAGCAUGAGAGGACGUCGCAGGAGGAUCGACGGAGGCCGUCGCUGGACCCAGGCAGACCGUCACAGGACCGUUCAGAGGCAGCAGGCAACGAUACGAUGACGACGGCAAGAAGCCAAAGCCAGAGCCAAAGCCAGAGCGAGGCCAGCAGCAGCUUCUACCAGAGCGCCGCAGAGACGUCGAUGGCCAAGUCAUCCUCGCCUCCCCCCAGGCUGCAGGAAGACAAGAAGAGUGGCAGUGGCAGCAGCGACUACCGGCCGCUGAGCCUGGGCCUCUCGAUGAGCAGCAGCAACCGCUCGGCACUCGUCGCAAGCCUGUUUGACGGUGCGAUGUGGGCCGACGAUUCGGCGGCAGACUCGACCAUCCUCCGCAGGAAGCCGGCCGAGGUAGCAAGCGGGAGCGAAGACGAGUCCGAGGCGCCCUCAACGGCGGCCACGAGCAUCCACUCGUCGCAGUCGAGCACCUCUGCGCGCCUGCCGAAGCAGCAGCAGCAGCAGCAGCAGCAGCAACAGCAGCAGCAACAGCAGCAACAGCAGCAACAGCAGCAACAGCAGCAACAACGACAACAACAAUUGCAGCACCAGCAGCAACAGCAGCCUGUGCAACAGCAGCCGAUGGAGCACCAGAUCCAGAUUCAAGACUUUUCCGACGACGACGGCCAGCCACACGCUUCUAGUCCGGCAGGCGCACCCACGCUGGGGCAUGCGUUUGCCUCGCCCUUUCAUCGCAUCCUGUACCCCGACAUGGGCCGGGAUCGCAACAGCAGCCCGAUUCUUGCUCAGCUCCUCUUUGGAGCCGCAGGUGCCGCGGCGGCAGCGGCAGCUGCCUCAAGCAGCUCCAGAACACCCACGCCCACACUGACCAAUAACAGCAACAACGGCGGCGGCGACCUCACACCGACACAGGCCAGCGUCUCGGCGCAGCCAGGCCCGGCUCCCAAGGGCUUUGCGAGCAGCCUGCGCGCGCGCCUGUCGAGGACAAGGGUGCCCUCCUCGACGCCCUCGACCCCGUCGACCUAUGCCGCCUCGGCGACGGAACAGUGGAUCGUCGACACCACGGCCACGGGUGAUGAUCUCGACCUGGUCCGCCCGCCUCCUCUCCCCGUCGGCCUUGGUCUUGGCAUGUCUGAGGGCCAGGAAGUCGUCACAGAUGACCAGGCAGAGCGCCAGCCAGAGCGCCGGCCAGAGCGCCGGCCCUCGGUGCAGACAAAGAGGAGCAGCACCGCACGGAUCAGCAUCGCAAGCGGACCCGUCAGGAGGCGGGUCUCCAUCGUCGACUACGCAUCGAAUGGCUUUGACCGAGGCUCGAGCGCCGGCCCGAGCCCGUGGAUGCUGGCCCGGUACGAGGCGGGAAGGGCCGUGGAGGAGAGCCCACGGUCGGACACAUGCGAUACGCUGAGCAGCUGCCUCACCGGUGGCACAGAGGCCAUGGGCGAAGGCUACGAAGAGGCGAUCCACCAGCGCGCCCGACUGCUCCAGAGCGUGCAGGCCAACAAGGCAAAGAUGCUCGUCGUCGCCGCUCCCCCUGCUGCGAGAACAGCCGACACCAAGCCGAGCGGAAGCUUCAUCAGCCACAGUCCGCGCUUCUCGACCGGCCAAGGCCAGGCAAACGCGCUCGAGCUGGCGACACCCACGCGCAAGGCGCCCUCGCCGAAUCUGCACGUCGAUAGCCAGCUGGCCAACGGUAGCAAGGCCGCUAUUCUGGCUUCUACUGACGUCCCACCAACGCCACCCUACACGCCCGUCGAUGCCGUCAAGAAUGCCGCCGCCGCCGCCGCCGCCGCCGCCGCUGCCGCCUCCGAGGGCGUGCCGAGGAAGCUGCCGUCGGAGGCCUUUUCGGCCUCGUCGAGCCACACCGUCGUCCCUCCGCCUGCUGCAGCACUGCCCACCCUGCGCAGCCAGACUGGGCCAAGCAGCAGCAAGCUCCGCCCGCUGAGCCUCGUCGCAUCCGUGGCCGCCGCCUCUUCGACGGCCUCCGCUUCGCCAGGGAUCUCUGCGCCAUUCGCCACUUCGUCACCCUCUGCAUCGUCGCCCACGACGGCGACGGCACCGACAGGGAGCAAGAUGGCCUACCGCCGCAAGCCAUCGUUUGACCAGCUCACCUCGCCCAGCCCCAUGCGCUCGUCCUUUCGGAGCCCCGUCCCCGUCUCGCCGGCUUCCCCGACCUACUCGACGUCGCUCUCGGCCGGCACCAUGUCCUCGCUCCUCUUCUUUGAGUCUGGCAGCGGCCACGCGCCGGCGAGAAGCUCCAUCGCGCACAGCAGCGGCCUCGCCUCGCCCUCGUCGUCCCACGCCACCCUCCAGGGCGUCCUACCCACCGACAGCUCGCCCAGCUUCCUCGUCGGGCCCGACCCGCGCGGCGGCGGCGUUGGCGUCGGAGGCGGCAUCGCUCGCGGCCACCACCCCUCGCGCACGUCGCUUUCGCUGUCCAUGGCGGGAGGAGCAAAGACGCUCGAGACGCUGCGCGAGGCGUCGCCUACAGCCCUCUCAGGCCAAGAGGAAGCCGAAGAAGCCGAAGACGAGGACGAGGACUCCGACGAGGACCUCGCACGCUUCCGCGCCAUGAAGCGACGCCUCGAAGAGAUGGGCCUGCACCACCCCUUGCCUGCCGGUCUUGCCGCUUGAUUUCCCUCUCUUUUCCACUCACUCUGGACCACCUUCACUCAUUCUUUCAUCCUCCCAGCGCCGUGUAAAACCCUUAUGUAGCCUUAGUGAACAACCAACACCUUCUUUUUUGUACACACAGACAACCAAUCCUACAGACGCUCGCUUCAGCGCUUUCCAUCCUGUCCCUAUUUUCAGCUCGGCGUCUUUGCGAUUUCUGGAGAGAAAGUGGGUUGGUUUCAUGCUGUAUAUCUACAAGAGAG